AUGAGCGAGAAACAGCGAAUUCCGGAAAUCACUCAAAAACUGAAAGUGGUUCGUUAGAAACACGAAAAUCAGGACUACAUGUUGUUUGUUGUCAGAAAGGAGCAUCCAACUUGUUUGAUGACGCGGUCACCGUGCACAUUAACAUGAAGGAAGACGAUUCGGUGAGUCAGAAGUCGUUAGAAUAUAUUCGGACGUUUGCUGUACAAACAUAGACAGCACGCACACGUUUGGGAAAGAUACAGUUUGAUAAAAGUGUUGUAUAGCUUGUGAUGAUCUAAAAACAGCGAAAAAGACGUCAAAUCUGUUAUAGGAUGUCAAAACAGCUUCUGGAAAAGCUGCAAAGGCCAUGAAGAGCAGGAUGGAGACGGAUGGAACCGUGGCUUCAAUGAUCUUGGAACCGGUGGAUGAAGCUGGAGAGACCAGCGGCCGCCCGAAACUAGAGGUCAAGAUUACUAUAAACAUGGUAAGCAAAUGAUAUCCAAGACAUUUCUAGAGUUUUCAACUAAUUUCAGAAGCAAAUUGAGCGUCAUCAUCGUGACAUCGAGACCUAUGUGUCCCCGUUCCCGCUAAGAACGGACUCGAUCUUCAUGCGCAUUCCCCUCAGACCACAGGACUUUGUUAGUUAAAGUACUUGAAUCUUUUUCUAAUUGUCUUGGUUUAGGAUCGUAUCGAAAAGUCUCGUGACAGACUUGACAACCUGGUCGCUUUUUGCGUACGUUAAUGCUACCAAAAACUCCCCAAGAUUCGCAUUUUUCAGCACGAACUAACACCUGAAGUUCUUCCACCGUUUGACUCGAAGAACUUCCUCCAGAAAUUGCGAAAGAUCGACGUCCGCUGCAGUGCCCUCUACCCGCGACCACCGGCUCCAGGAGACAGGGACAAAAAGAGCUCGAGGAUGUGCCCGCAGUACGAGCCGGAGAUCGAAGACAUCGAGAAACAGAUCGAGCGCAUCGACGGAAUCCUGCAUGGAGCGCAGUACUUCCACCGUUUGGAUAUCGUCCGCUGCAUGAUGAUGGAACGCAAACAGGCGGCAGAGGCUCACAAGCUAAAGAUGGAACAAGCGAAGAAACAAAAAACUGAACAAGAGACCGAACAAGAGAAUGAAGCUUGA